AUGUCAUAUGAAAGUAAAAUUCAGGCCAAUGCCGUGACUUCUUCCAAAGCAACACACACAUCUUCGAAGAGGAGCGGAGAAGUGGAACAGUUCAUCGAAGAUCCCCAAGUUGAGGACUCCUUUUACAGCUGGGUGGUAGCGGCCGGCGCCGCACUGCAGUUCAUCCUGGUCGGCGGCAUCCACAAGUCCUUCGGUCUGCUGCUGGCGGCGCUGGUACACGAGUACGGCUUCACCUCGGCGCAAGUGGCCGUCAUCCCGGCUCUGUUCUACUCGGGCAGUUUUCUGAUAGCGCCCGUCUGUGGCGCACUCUGCCGCCGCUUCUCCGAGCGAACCGUCGGCAUAGGCGGCGGCAUCUUGACGAUGCUCGGUCUGGCCUUCAGCGGCCUCACCAGCAACAUCUACGCGCUCUACGUCACCAACGGGGUCAUCUUCGGCAUCGGGCAGGGGUUCGCGAACCUCCCCGGCACGCUGAUGGUGACCAAGUACUUUGUGAAGCGUCGCGGCCUGGCCAACUCGAUCACGGCCGCGUCUGCCGCGAUCGGCGGCGUGUUCUUCCCGCUGAUGGUGCAGGGGAUGCUGGAGGAGUACGGCAUCCCCGGCACCUACCUGAUGAUGGGAGGAUUUCAGCUGCACACCAUCAUCUCAGCCAUGCUGUAUCGGCCGAUGGACAAGCAGCGCGAGAUUAUGCGCCUGGAACAAAUGCGGAAGCGAAGACGGCAACGCCAGCCCUCGCUGCCUGGUGUGAAAGCUCAGCAGGCUGAUCUAGUGGCAGAGAAGCCUCCUCUACCGGACGAGGCUCCUUCCUCCGCACGGCUGUUACCCCAAGGUUACGGAAUGGAAAAGCGCCCCUCGUUGGCAGUCUCCGAGAGCGCUGCUCGCAGCCGAAGGCCCAGCGCCACGCUGGUGUCCUCGACCAUCAUGCUGAGCCAGCUGAGUCUGGCCGUGGAGCCUCCGGAGGCGCCGCGAUCGGCGGGCUGCUGGCAGCAGGUGCUCCGGUCCCUAGACCUCCAUCUGCUGACGGAUCCACUGUACGUCGCCUGUGUGACGAGUGUGUUUCUCUUCACGGCUGGCCUUCCGCACGUGUGUCUGCUGGUGCCGCGCUUCGGUCUGGAGAUUGACGUUAGUCGCGGUCAGACUGCCAGCAUGAUCGCCACGAUCGCUCCGAUCGACAUCGUCAGCCGUCUCUCGCUGGGCUUCCUGCUGGACCGCAAUCUGUUCCACAAGCGCUACGGCCUGUUCAUCACGUGCCUGGUGGGCGGCACGGGCGUGCUGGCGCUCGUGUUCGUCCGCUCGUACGCCGAGCUGUUCGCCGCGUGUGCGGUAGUGUACGCCGCCGUCGGCUUCUACUUUGUGGUGACGCCGGUCAUGUACGCCGAGUACUACGGCGUCGAGCGUCUCUCGUCGACGCUGACCAUGUCGAACCUGUUCGCGGGUGUGGCCAACCUGACGGCGCAGCCGCUGGGCGGCCUGCUGCGAGACGCGGCCGGCACGUUUCGCACCGUGUUCGCCGUGCUGUCGGGCUGCAUGCUGGCCGGCGGCGCGCUGGUGCUGCUCCAUCCCUGCAUCGCCCGACGCUCCGCGGGGCGCCGGGACAAACAGGCCGAGACGGACGCCGCCUGA